AAGUACGAUGUAUUCAACAAAAAUGUGAAAGCUAAUAGUUGAUGGGUACUAUUAAAUUAAAUAUAUGUUAAAGACAACUGUUAAAAAAUAUUAUUAAUAUUAAUUAAUUAGUCCACUCUGUAGUGAGACAAGGAUUGUCCUUCCAUAGGAUGCUUUUCCUAUCUAUCCCCAACAAAUUAUAUUCCUCUCUUUGUACAUUUGAUUUUAAAAUUGUGAGGUUGAUGAUCUCCAGUCAACUCUCUCCUCUCAAAUGGAUCAGAUACAGCACAAGUACAUCUAUUCGGAUUCCGGAGGAGUGAAGCUUCACAUUGCUGAGAUUGGAACGGGCUCCAAGGUGGUAGUAUUUAUUCAUGGGUUCCCAGAGAUUUGGUAUUCAUGGAGACACCAGAUGAUUGCAGUAGCAAAAGCUGGUUACCGAGCUAUUUCCCCUGAUUUAAGAGGCUAUGGCCUAUCUCACCCACACCCAAAUCUUCAAAAUGCUUCCUUUAAUGAUUUUGUGCAGGACAUCCUUGCCAUCCUUGAUUCUCUUAACAUUCACAAGGCUUUCCUGGUGGGAAAAGAUUUUGGUUCCUGGCCAGUUUAUUUGUUUUCUCUCACUCAUCCAGAAAGGGUAUCUGGAAUCAUAUCAUUGGGUGUGCCAUUCUUACCUCCUAACCCUCAAAGGUACAAGGACCUUCCUGAAGGUUUCUACAUUUCCAGGUGGAAGGAAGCUGGACGAGCUGAGGCUGAUUUCAGCCGGUUCGAUGUGAAAACAAUUGUGCGCAACAUCUACAUUCUCUUCUCAAGAAGUGAAAUUCCAAUAGCCAAAAAGGAUGAGGAGAUCAUGGAUAUGGUGGACUCUUCUACUCCUCUACCACCGUGGUUCACCAAUGAAGAUCUUGCAACCUAUGCAACGUUGUAUGAAAAUUCCGGAUUUGAUUCUCCAAUGCAAGUCCCUUACAAGGGAUUGCGUAAAGAAUCCGUAAUAACAAACCUGAAAAUUGAAGCUCCAGUAUUGCUAGUCAUGGGUGGAAAGGACUACUUUCUAAAGUUUCCAGGGAUAGAGGAGUACGUGAAAAGUGGGAAAAUGAGAGAAUAUGUUGGAGAUUUAGAGGUGAAGUUCUUGGCAGAUGGAACACAUUUCAUGCAGGAGCAAUUGCCAGAGCAGGUGAAUCAGCUUAUCGUCAGCUUCCUUAGCCAACAUAUUUGAUCGGUUUCAAACCAUUCCAAUAAUGUUCAAAUAAUGUAUUCAAGUUUUUGGAAUUUGAUAAUGAAAACUAAGCAUGUUCAUGAAUGGCUUUCAAAUGGCUUUGAAGAGGUUUUUUAA